AUGCAGAAAGAUGCAGAAAGGCUAGAGAGUUUGCAGAGUGUGCUCUCUUCCUUGGAGUUGGUCUUAGAGGCAUGGGAUCGGCAGAUCUCUGCAAGUCGCAAGGGUCUGCAGGCCUUGCAGGCCCUGAAAGGACAAGGAGCCGAAACGGCGGAGGCAGAGGCCGAGACGGCCCCUGAAGCAGAGGCGGCGGAGGCGGAGGCCGCUCUCUUGGACGCGCUGGCCGCAAGCAAAGCCAUCGCAGUCCACGUGGCGGGAGCGGGAGCGGGAGAGAGGGAGAGACGCCCAUCGGUGAGAAGUUGUGAGAGCGCCUCACAACUCGAUCGCGAUCCUCUGACUCUGGUCCAUUCCGUCCCUGCGGAUGAGGAUCCUGAGCCAGCCAAAGACGCUGCGUUCGAUGUGAACCUGCUGCAGACGGACCAGGUGCCAAAAGGCCGAAGCGCUGCAGCAAAAGCUUUUCAAGCUGCACAGGUUGCCAAACGAAGGCCAGAAGUAUGUGACCAGUUGGAGGAAGGUUUUGAGCCUUCAAGCGCUCCCAAAGUAUGCGAAGGAGAUGUUGGCAUCGAUUUUUCCAUGUUCAACAAAGAUGUUUGGGAACGUGCUCGGCGACGUGGGGAAGCGAUGUUGAGCGAGUCCCAGGCUGGAGCAUUCUCAUGCUACAGGGAGACCUUGCCCAAAGCUCUCAAGGCACCGCAAGGUGGGCAAGCAAAGAUUCGGAGGCUCCAGGUCAGCACCGAAGAAAAAAUCCUGCGGUGCUACCAGGAGAUGGCAGCUGGCAGCGGCAUGGGCCGGGGAGGCUUUUUGCUCAGUGCGAACCUGGACCGCUUCAUUGCGCUGAUCCAGGAGCAUGUGUAUGUGAAGACGAUUUCCUGGCAGGAGCUACAGGAGCCCGACUCUCAAGGCAGUUCGAAUUAUGGUCACCUGGGCUUGCCGGGGCUAGAGGGCCUACCCUCAGAACUUUUUCAUCGGCUUCGCGUCCUCUUUCGAAGCCAGGGCGAAGCAAAGACUCGCGGUGGGGCUGCGAUGGCAGCUGAGUGGUUGAGAAGGACACGGAAAGAGCUGGAUUAUCUGAGGAACGUCAGCCGAGCGUUUCCGGGACAACUUCCGGACAUGAGCGCAGCCUAUCAAGCUUUUCUGGUUUACUUCGUGGUUCUUUUCGGACUCCGGAAGAGGCUCAGUUCUGCCGUGAUCUCCGUGCUGUUGAGUCGGGAGCCUGGGCUUUGGUUGAGGUUUCAAGACAUCUACUCGGCCGCCUGGGGACAGAGAGACUUCUGCCGCUGUGUAGAAGCCGGCGAGUUCUUCGCGCGUUCGCAGGCCCAGUUUGAGGAGCUGGGCGUGGGGCAGAGACAUUUUAUUCAGAGGUUUUUGAACGGCAGUGAGUGGCAACACCUUGCCAUCAGCCUUCAACGUUGUGACAAGAAUGAAGAUGACAUGGUGCAUCCGCGAGCAAUCCAGCUAAUGGCAUCUUCCUCGCAGUGUGUGCCCGGUAACCUUGCGAGUCUAAUCAUCUUGCUACAUUCCUGCAUACUGGAGCAAGAUUUGCGCAAGACGUUCAUGCUGAGUGCCGGCAUCUUCCAGCUCGCAACCUUUGCUGCUGAGUGUCUUGAUGCCCAGUACUGGCAUUUCACCGCGCGCGAUGCAGUCCUGCAUCAUGCUAGGCUCAUUUGGGAGGUUGGGAGGGGCCAGGUCCGAACGGUUCAGCUCCAGCCGAUGCUGUUGAAGCGCUUUGCAUGGAACGCCUUCCUGAAUCGGGCUCCGGCAGCGCAGGCCCCAAGUUCGAGCACGUCCACAUGUGGCCCGCACGAAGUCGGCUCUUCCACCAUUGGUGUUGCAAAGCUCGGUCGCUUCAAGUACGGACCGCUUUGCACAGAGCUCGGGCGUUUCUGGCUGCAGGCGGAGAUCUUGAAGGACCAACGGGCGACCGACACGAAGCGUGUUCUGGCGAUCAUUCCCGUAACCAUGGCAGGGGAAGCCAAUCCGUGGCAUCAUUUGCAUUGGUGGCUGCCUGCCCUCUGGUUCUACAAGCUCAAGAAGCAGAUCGACGCUUCGCACUUGGAGGUCGCUCUGGUCUUUCCUCACGAGGAGAUCGACUGGGCCACCUCGACUGCUCGGGGUCGUGUCGUCGACGCCACCUUCCGUGGCCACACAGAGCCUGGAGAAUGGUCCUUCCUGCAGCCGACGUGGCCGAGACACAGCGGGGGGGGAACACGGAGCGUCUCUGAGCACUUCGCGCCCCCGAACGGUGUGCAUGCGGGAGUCCUGCAAUUGCUCUCGGAGCUGCCGCCUCGGCCAUUGCAGAGCUUUGAGGGGGAAAGCUACGGCAACGUCAUCUUGGGGCUUCCAUCCUUGCGGUUCUUCCUCCGAACUCCGGAGAUGAGCUGCCACCAAGUUUCCGCCCUUCGGCGAUUCCUUCUCCACUCCCUUCCGGACCGCUCUGAGCUCGUUCCUGAGCGAGGCUCCCCGGGCCAAAGCAAAGAGCCUCUUCAGCUUGCUCUGCUACAGAGGCCGGCUGCGGAUGGCCGGCAAAUCGAGAACUUCGAGGAGGUCGAAGAGUUUCUUCGAAGCAACUUCUCGGAGCUGCAGCUCAAGGUCAUCAAGCAUCUUUCGGGUGUCCCGUGGGUGGACCAGUUUCGCAUGUUCAUCGGAGCAGAUCUCCUGGUGGCGGCGCACGGCGCCGGGAUGGCCUGGCUUUGGGCCAUGCGCCCAAACGCUGCCGUCAUCGAGCUCAGGAGCCGAAGCUCACCAAUGUGGCUGCACUGCUCGGAGAUCUGGAACGCGGAUGGCAGUCAGAUUUUUGGAGGAUUGGCUCGGCUGGUUGGUAUGCAUCACAUCUGCACCCGCCCUCAUGACCUUGCAGGAACAGUGGAAGAGGCACGGCUGUCAAAGAUCGGCGACAUGACGGAGGAAGAUGCAUACAAUCACGGUGACAACGUUGUGGUGUUUUUGCCAAAAUUGGCGAUGCUGCUGCGCUCUGCUCUGUCUCUGGUUCGUGGAGAGCCUUUGCCUUGUUUGGACUAUCACUACUGGCAGGGGCUCUAG